ACCUCACUCACCCGCAUACAUAUAUCUCUUAUAUAUUUGUCUCUGUUUAACUCACGUGUUCGCGAAGCGGCACCGCGGCACGGUGGUUUGGUUGAACGAGGGCGCGCGAACGGGCGGGUGUAGUCUCACCGUGUAAGCGGUGAACGUGCCGCUGAACGGAACGGCAACUCUGUUGAGCAGCACGGGCGUAGGCGAGAUUCCGUCUAUGCCGAGUGGUGGCGCACCACGAAUUCCUCACAGCCGAGGUAACCCGAGUCUGCCCCGAAGUCUGCCUCGACUUGCUGACAUGGCGUCCUAGCGCUCUGUACACUGGCCAACAAAGUACGUCCUCGUUGAGUGUAAGGCUUUGUGGGCACCAACCCCACUGUACUGUGUGGGUUCAUCAACGCGCCCUGGAUAUAACAUGCCAAGGUCACAAGUGAAAAAAACGUGAUACUUGUAGCCGAUGAAGAUUACAGACGGCAAAUUACUUUGGAGUAACAGCCGCAGUAGCAGCAGCAGCAACAGCAGUAGCAGUAGCAGUAAACGAGGAAGCAAUAACGAUUGUUUGAGGCCGUGGUUAGCGCGGAAGAGCCUCAGCAACGCGCAAAUAAGAACUACAUCUAAGAUCUGAUGUUAGCGGACAUUAACGGUAACCUGACGGAUCUGAGAAGCGAAGCGAUGACGUCGCAGAGGUUUUGUCUGCGAUGGAAUAACCAUCAGAGCAAUUUACUUUCGGUCUUUGAUCAAUUGCUGCACGACGAAGCUUUCGUGGAUGUGACGUUGGCCGUCGAGGGCCAGUUGCUCAGGGCACAUAAAAUGGUCUUGUCAGCAUGCAGUCCCUACUUUCAGGCUCUGUUUACAGGUCACCCUGAUAAACAUCCAAUAGUCAUUCUCAAGGAUGUUCCUUAUGUGGAUAUGCGCAGUCUCCUAGACUUUAUGUACCGUGGUGAGGUGAGCGUUGAUCAAGAUCGGCUUACAGCCUUUCUCAGAGUUGCCGAGUCACUAAGGAUAAAGGGUUUAACGGAAGUAAAUGAGGAUAAAUGUGAUUUACCAAACAUAACGUCUUCAUUACUUGGAAAUCAAAACACAGUACCUCCACCCCCACCAAAUUUACAUAGAAUAAACCAAAUUGGGUCUCAUCAUCAUCAUGUUACACAAAAAAGGUUCCAUCAUAUGUCAAGUCAUCCGCUAUUAGGAUCGGCACUAACUGCGCCAAAGAGAAAACGCGGAAGACCAAGGAAACUGAGUGGUUCAUCAGAUACACCGAUCGAAGGAUUGGCACAAGAUUUACAAUCAUGCUCGGCAACAGAUCUUGUCCAGGGUUCACCAGAGAUGAUGGAAAUGAAGAUGGGCAUUGAUCUUCAGAGUGAAGCCAAUACCGGUGGUAACGGCAAUGCUAAUAAUAAUAACAAUAAUAAUAAUAACAGUGGUAGCAAUCACUCGGCCUCAUCCGGUACACCGGGACCCACUACCGGAAGAAAAGACGAGCCUACGGAAAAUGGUGAACGGGAUACACCAGAGCCAGUGACGCCUAGGAUCAAACAAGAACCAGAACCAACGCCGAGUACUUCCGCGCAGGAUUACCUGCUACCAAAUUUGCCAUCAGACAUAACUUUUGAAAUUUGUACAUUACCAUCAUCUCAGACAAGUCGACGUAAUUCUUUAUCAAGCCCCGGAGUAAUUAAUGACACCGUGAUAACAACAACAACUGCUACUGUUAUUACUGGUGAUGAUAGUGGUAACGCUGGUGAUAAUAUUGUCGGUGGCGGUAAUUGUGAUAACGAUGAUAUUGAUGAUGAUGAUAAUGAAUGCGGUGAUAAUCAUGGAGUCGAAUCAUCAAUUCCAACAAAUGGUAGUUAUAUUAAAAGUGAACGGGUGGUCAGUGGUAUUCAUUUUCUCACAACAGAUCAUGAAGACGAGGAUCGUAAUCCAGAUCUACUGGUACCAAAGUCUGAAACAACAAGUGAUACUGAGCCGGAAGUUAGAAAACAGCUGCUGGAAUACCUGAUCCAGAAUGAUGGAUCAGUGAUCUGCAAGUGGUGCGGAGAAGUUUUGCCAUCGCGAACCCGGUGGUAUCGGCAUAAGUACAAACUUCAUGUGUCUACGCAAGUAACACAGCCCGCACCGUUAUUUAAAUGUCACAGCUGCAAUGCAUACUUCAAGUCACGCAAGGGUUACAUUGGACAUCUCAGCUCCAGACACUCUGAUAAUGACAACAAUGAGAAUGACGAGAAUCGUGAGGAGCAAAUUAAUAAAAAAUCUCGAAGGACAUCGGAUAUUGGAAAAGGUCCAGACUGGGAACAGCAACGAGAAAAAGAAGAAAAACUUGUUGCUGAUAUUAUUGAUAGAGUUAAGAGAGAAUGUGAAGCUCAGGGUGAAACUGUUACACGACGUGGCUACUCCAGGAGGACAACGGUUAUGAACAGCUAGAACCAACAAAAAUAAUUGUUACGAUGUGCCAAAAAUAUAUGUCUUCUUACUUAAAACUUUAGAUAAGAAAAAAUAAAAAAAAAUGAAAUCGGGUAUAAAAAUUAACGUGUCUAUCAAUCAGCUGAUAGAGUUGAUGUUUAAAAGUCUUUAUAAUCAGAAAAGUAUUAUAUAUAUUUGAAUGCAUGCUAUUGUAAAUAAUUUUAUUUAAAUUAGUUUACAAUAAUGAUAAUAUUUUUAAAAAAUCAACUCGCAUUAAUUGCGAAUUCAAAAAAUUGAUUCAGUGCCAAAGUGAAAUUUAAAUUAUAUAGAUUUGAAACGAGUACCUUUGCAUAUAUUUUAAUUGCUUGGUAGUUUAUGAGACGAGCGAUUUAUUGCUCAAAUGUGCGUUAAUUAAAAACAAGUCUUCUUGCGCACGUCUUCAUAAUUAUUGUUUUUUUUUUUAUUUUAAAUUUGAAUACUAGAUAGAGAAACAUGAUCAAACACCAAUAUUUUCGAGUAAUAGACUAGAUUAAUGAUUCAAAUCAACAUAAUAUUAAUAAUAAUAAUUAAAUUAACAGCAGGAAAUGUUAAUAAUAUAAAUAUAUAAAUAUAUGAUCCAGUAAUUAGCAGUCUUGCUAAUUAAUUCAAAGUCUGUCCAUUUUUUCCGUAUUUUGAAAGUAUUUUUUUUAAUAAAGGGGAGGAAAAUUAAGAGCUGAGAUAAUUUAAUUCAAAAUUACGUCUUAUAUAAUUAUUUUACUCGAAUGAUGAAAAUCCUACGAGAAAGUUUGUCACCCUUUUUUUCGGAAGCUAUGAAAAUUGCUGUAAUAACUAUUGAUUAAUUAAUUAAAUAGUAUAUUGUGUGACGAGGGAUAAAACAAAAUGAUUUUAGACCAGGGUGAAGUUGGCUGACAUCACCCGGAUUCUGAAAUAGUAUUUCAUCAUGAGUUACACACUAGAUUUUUCAUGAUUACCAGAAUUGGAACUUGAAUUUUCAGUGUCAGCAGCCAGUCAGAAACAAGUUUAUUUAAGACCAACUAUGAGUGUAAGCGUAAAUUGUCUUUUGCAAUUUAUAAUUAAGCAGAAACUAUAAAUACUAUUCAUUAUUGACACUCAUUUUUAUAAAACUUAAUCACAGUCAGAACUGUCAUUUACGUAAAUAAAAUUAAUGGUCUGUAAUUAGUACACAGAAAAAAGUAUUUCUUGGCGCAAAAAAUUUUUACUCGCCCCAAGAAAAUUUUUACUUGUCUCAAUAAAUUUUUUGCAUUAUAAAUUAAAAACAAAAAUUUUCUUGGGGAAGAAAAAAUUUUUUGAGGCGAUAAAAAAAUUAUUGUGCCAAUAAAUUUUUUCUAGUCCUAAGAAAAUUUUAGUCUUCAAUUUAUAAUGCAAAAUAUUUCUUACGCCAAGAAAUACUUUUUUUCUGUCUAUUAAACAAAUUACAAGUAUCAGAGUUUGAAUUGCGAAGUCUUCAGUCAGUAGGCAGAGACAUUAUUUGUUUGUUCCCAAGGGUUCAAACGUUUGUUUCUGCCGCUGACUGGACAUUCACAAUUUUCUCGUUUGCUAAUAAUUCGCGGCAUUGGACUGAAAUUCGCGUCUUUCGACUUACUAGAGACACUGAAACUUAAAGUUUCGAUACUGGUAACAUGAAAAAAAAUCACAAUUCAAAAAUUCAGUGAGAACGACCCAGUCUUAAAUUCAAAAUUUUUUUUUCUACAGGGCGGGUAUAUAAUAAAUUUAUAAAUUAAAAUUAUCAGCUCAUCGCACCACCUCCCCAUUGUAAAUAAUAUGUAAUAAUGUAGAUAGUCGAAAAUCUUUGCUCAUCGUCUUUUAAUCUCUAUUCCACAAAAAUUAAUUAAUUAAAUUAAUUAAUUGAUUAAUUUUUUUCUUCCCUUGAGAGACUAUACAUAAAAUGUACUUGUACUUACAUUUAAAUAUCAAUUGCCAAAGGAUAUGAUCUUCCAAAUAAAAUUAUAAUAAAAAUUUAUGGUCUAAUUUAUAUAUAUUUUAUAUAUAUUCUGUGAUUUAUUUUGUACACUUGGAUAUCGGCUCAAUGCAAUUAUAUUAAUAAUUCCAGGUAUUAAAUUUAUAUAUAAU